UCUUCUUCUUCCAUUUUCUCUAUUCCCUACCCUUUGUGUUCUUCAAAUUUCAGCAUAAAUUUGUCCAAAAUUAUUACUAUUAAAAAAAUAGCAUAGGCAGAGAGUGAAAAUGGCGCCGAAGCAACAGGGUGGCGCGAUAGCCGUGCCGGUUACAGCGGCGGUUGGAAAAGUGAACGGAAUUUCAAAAGAGGUGCAUUAUAGGGGCGUAAGGAAGAGGCCAUGGGGGAGGUACGCGGCGGAGAUAAGAGAUCCGGGGAAAAAGAGCCGAGUUUGGCUUGGGACUUUUGAUACGGCGGAGGACGCAGCGAAAGCCUACGAUGCGGCGGCGAGAGAAUUUCGCGGUGCCAAGGCGAAAACUAAUUUUCCUCCGCCGGAAGAAGAGAACCUCAAAAUCGCCCAAAACAAUUUAGGCGUUAAGAUAAAUAAGAAUAUCAAUGAUAAUAACAAUCGUAGUCCGAGUCAGAGCAGUACCGUUGAGUCAUCUAGCCGUGACGGGUUAUCUCCUGCCGUUAUGGUUGACUCAUCGCCGUUAGAUCUCAGCCUCGGCGUGAAAUUCCCGUUCCAGAACCAUCAGCUCCGUACUUCUCCGAUUUCCGGCGGGUUUCCCGGCUGCGGUUUCACCGGCGCAACUCCUGCGGUGAAUCAUCACAUGUAUUAUCUGGAGGCUCUGGCACGUGCGGGAGUGAUAAAUCUGGAAAAACACCAGCAAAGGAAGACGGUUGAUUUCCUUGGCGGCAGUAGCGGCGGUAGCGGAAGUGGGACCCAGAGUGAAUCUGAUUCAUCAUCGGUGAUUGAUUUUAUGCGCACCGAUGUUAAACCGACUACCAGAACUGGUCUUAAUCUGGACCUCAAUUUUCCUCCACCGGAGAACGUGUGAAAACGCCGGCGACGUAGGUCGGAGAUUUUGAAAGCAUUUCUUUUUCUUUUUAAUUUAAUUAGUGCAAUUUCCUUUUAAUGUUUAUUUAACAGAAAAGGAAAAUGAAAAAAAAAAAGUAUAUAGAGUUAGGUGAUAAUUAGAAAACUCAAGAGCCACCGCCGAUCGAUGUGAAUAUCAAGAAAGGCUGAUCUACUUCCUUUUUUUGCAACACAAACAAAUCUAUUGAUUUUGAUUGCUGUUGUUCAAAGAUCAUCCUUAUAAUAUUGUUGCCGGUUUUUUUUAGCUGAAAAAAGAACAGCCUUAAUAUUAAUUAUUUUAGACAAAUUUCAAUAUACAGUUAAAAUAUUCGCUUUUUUAUUUUA